AUGGCUCUGCGAGCAGCACGGAGUGUGCCAGCCAUGGUCUGCAGCCUGCGUGCCAUCUCUGUGCCCAACAUGCCCUGCCCGCCGUGGCCCUGGGGACUGAGGGUGGGCGCCGGCGGGGCGCUGCGCACCAGCCCCGCUCUGCUGUCGGUGCGUAAAUUCACAGACAAACAUGAAUGGGUAACAACAGAAAACGGUGUUGGAACAGUGGGAAUCAGCGAUUUUGCACAGGAAGCUUUGGGAGAUGUUGUUUACUGUAGGCUGCCUGAAGCUGGGACAAAAUUGAACAAACGAGGUGCUUUGGAAAAUGUGAAAGCUGCUAAUGAACUCCAUUCUCCUCUAUCAGGAGAAGUAACUGAAAUUAAUGAAGCUCUAGCAGAAAAUCCAGAACUUAUCAACAAAUCUUGUUAUGAAGAUGGUUGGCUGAUCAAGAUGACACUGAGUAACCCUUCAGAACUAGAUGAACUAAUGCGUGAAGAAGCAUAUGAGAAAUACAUAAAAUCUAUUGAGGAGUGAACAUGGA